AGAGAAAGAGAAGAGAAAAGGCGGUUGAUGGUUGGUUUGGUGGCAUCGGCUUGAGUGAGAAUAUCAACUUUUAGAUACAUACAAUACCGUACAUUAUUUCAUUGUUCCUUUGUUCUGAAUAUAACUUAAAAUCUACCAUAUACUAUUUUUUAUUAGAGAAGAAAGACUUGAACCAAAGUAACAUUUUAAAUACGUAUUUUAAUCUAAAGUUUGGGACCCACUCGAAAUUUGGUUACCUUAUCCAAAAUGGGAGUUGGUCAGCAAGGGAAUGAUAAACCCAUCAAAGGGCUUUAUGUUCACAAAAGAGGUGGUCGUAAGGAAGAGGUUCAUUUUGAUAAAAUAACAUCCAGAAUUCAGAAACUGUGCUAUGGGCUAAAUAAUGAGUUUGUUGAUCCGGCUGAAAUAACGCUGAAAGUGAUAAGCGGCUUGUACCCAGGUGUGACAACUGUUGAACUGGAUAAUUUGGCGGCCGAAACUGCUGCCACCCUAACCACACGUCAUCCCGAUUAUGCAAUCCUGGCCGCUCGCAUUGCAGUCUCCAACUUACACAAAGAAACUAAGAAAUUGUUUAGUGAGGUUGUCCAUGAUCUGUAUACCAUGAAUAACCCGCUAACUGGCAAAAAAAUGCCAAUGAUCUCCGACUACCAUUAUGACAUUAUUAUGAAGAACGCCGAUCGUCUAAAUUCUGCAAUCAUCUACGACAGAGAUUUGCACUAUAACUACUUUGGAUUCAAGACCCUGGAACGGUCGUACCUGCUGAAGAUCGAUGGCAAAGUGGUGGAGCGACCGCAGCAGAUGUUGAUGCGUGUGGCGGUUGGCAUUCACGGCGAGGACAUCGACGCAGCCAUCGAGACUUACAACCUGCUCUCCGAGAGGUACUUCACGCAUGCGUCGCCCACUCUGUUCAGUGCUGCCACGCCACGACCUCAGCUGUCCAGCUGUUUCCUGCUAGCGAUGCAGGAGGACAGCAUCGAAGGCAUCUACGACACACUGAAGCAGUGCGCGCUGAUCUCUAAGUCGGCGGGAGGCAUAGGCCUGCACGUGCACUGCAUCAGGGCCAGUGGCUCGUACAUCGCCGGCACUAACGGCACGUCCAACGGCCUCGUGCCCAUGCUGCGUGUCUUCAACAACACGUCGCGCUAUGUCGACCAGGGAGGCAACAAGCGUCCAGGCGCGUUCGCGAUCUACCUGGAGCCGUGGCACGCGGACGUUUACGAGUUCCUGGACCUGAAGAAGAACACUGGCAAAGAGGAGGUGCGAGCUCGCGAUUUGUUCUACGCACUGUGGGUGCCCGACCUGUUCAUGCGACGAGUCGAGGCCGACCAAAUGUGGAGCCUCAUGUGUCCGCACGACUGUCCCGGUCUCUCCGAUGUUUGGGGUGAAGAAUUCGAGAAACUCUACACCAAGUACGAGAGCGAAGGCAGGUACGUGAAGCAGGUGAAAGCGCAGAGCUUGUUCUUCGCGAUCAUUGACUCGCAGAUUGAGACGGGCACACCCUACAUGCUCUACAAGGACGCCGCUAACCGCAAGUCCAACCAGCAGAACCUGGGAACAAUCAAGUGUAGCAAUUUGUGCACGGAGAUCGUCGAGUACACGGCAAAAGAUGAGGUGGCAGUGUGUAACCUGGCAUCCAUAGCAGUGAAUAUGUUCGUCAAGCCGGACAGAAGCUACGACUUCGAAAAGCUGAAACAAGUUUCCAAAGUUGUCACCAAAAACUUGAACAAAAUCAUCGACGUGAAUUUCUACCCAGUUCCAGAGGCGCGCAAGUCGAACAUGCGUCACCGGCCGAUCGGCAUCGGCAUCCAGGGUUUGGCCGACCUGUUCAUCCUGAUGCGGCAGCCGUUCGAGAGCGAAGCGUCGCAACUGCUCAACCAACAGCUGUUCGAGACCAUCUACUAUGGCGCCUUGGAGGCCAGCUGUGAGUUGGCCGCCCGAGAUGGGCCCUACGAGACCUAUGCCGGCUGUCCCGUCAGCAAGGGGAUCCUGCAAUACGACAUGUGGGGAGUGACGCCGACCUCGCUGUGGGACUGGGCGGCGCUGAAGGCGAAGAUAGCGCAACAUGGCGUCCGCAACUCACUGCUAUUGGCUCCCAUGCCGACCGCCUCCACCGCUCAGAUCCUCGGCAACAACGAGUCAGUCGAGCCCUACACCUCCAACAUCUACUCGAGACGAGUGCUGUCUGGCGAAUUCCAGGUUGUGAAUCAUCACCUUUUGAGAGAUUUGGUUGAAAAGGGACUGUGGAAUGAAGACAUGAAAAACCAGAUGAUUCAAAAUAAUGGAUCCAUUCAGAACAUUGCCGGAAUUCCCGACGACCUGAAGGCGUUGUACAAGACAGUGUGGGAAAUUUCUCAAAAAGUGGUAUUGAAGAUGGCGGCCGACAGGGGCGCUUUCAUCGACCAAUCACAGUCACUCAACAUCCACAUUGCCGAGCCCAACUAUGGAAAGCUCACCUCCAUGCACUUCUACGCUUGGAAAUUGGGUCUGAAAACGGGCAUGUACUACCUCCGUACCAAACCGGCAGCUCAAGCAAUCCAAUUCACCGUCGACAAGACCAAACUGAGGAAACCGGUCAACGGUAAAGUGACUGAAAAUGGCGCCUCGACGUCCAACGGCGUAGAGAAGGAAACAGACGCCGGAGAAGAGGACCGAGCCUACAAUAUGAGCUCAAUGGUCUGCUCCAUUGAGAACAAGGAUGAUUGUAUGAUGUGCGGCUCGUAAAAAUGUUGAAGAGUAAUGGUAUUUGUGAAUAAACUUAUAAUAGCAACAGUAUUUUGUGAAUAUUGCUCAUAGCUCAUUCAUGAAUAUUGACCAAUCGUUUGUGGCGAAUGGACAUGAAAAAUUAUGAUCUUCCGUAGUAAUCUAUCAGUUGUGAAUAAUUAUUCUAUUGGUUAUUGUGAUUACAGUUGCUGCUAUUCCCAUCUUUCAUGAAUAACUUCACUUUUAUGAAUUAUUGGCUCAUUCACAAAUUUAAUUUCUUACAAUUCACAAAAAAUAGUAAUAAUUCCUUAUUCAAAACGUAUGAGUUAUUAAUUUGUGUAUACUGUUUAUACUUUGUUUGAAAUCUACCUUGGUUUAAACUUUAAUCGUUCUAUGUCUAUUGACCAUUCAUGUUUUACCAUUCACUGUAGGCCUGAUUAUUAUUAUUUUUUAAUUUUACUCUUUAUUGUAUCAAAAAUAUCAAUCUUCAUCCAUGAUUCUUGUUAUUAAGAUAGAGUAUAGACGAAAAUACGAUUUUAUUCAUUCUUCAUGAAGAUUCAUGUUUUUGUUAGUCUGCAAGAAUGUUUUUUUUUUAAGUGAAAGUGACAAUAUUUUACUCAGUAUUUGGAGAAUAAUUUUACAAGUUGAAAAUUUACCUUUUUUGUGAAAAUGAAUUGCAUUUCUAUCAUCAACUACUAAUACUAAUCUAGAUCGAUAUUCCAAAUUAAGUAACUUUUAUGAGGAUGUGAGAAUUAUUAAUAAAUUCCUAAUAUUUACUCGUGUUUUUAUAUCUUCAAAACAUUUUGUUUAUUUCUGUCCUUGUUCUUUUCAGACAGCAUCAUUAUCAACUUCCAGAAUUUUAUUUUAUACUAGACCUAUUUUUAUGUUCUCACCUACUACUUCAAUGAAACUAAAUUUAGUGCCUUGAAAUUUCUGUGAUUGUGUAACUUACAAUAAGAUAACAAUACAUUUACAAAAUUCAAUUUGGUAAGAUUUCGUUUAGUGUGUUAUCUACCGUAUAUGUUAAGAUUAUUUUUGUACUUGUACAUUCAAAAAUUAUAUAUUAAACACUGCUGUAAAAUAAAA